AUGGGCUUGGGCUGGAGCAGCGCGGAGGAGCGGCGGCCCCUCCUGCCGCCGCCGCCGCAGCAGCCGCGGCCGCAGCCGCGGGGGCCGGCCGGGGGCCCGGCGGGGCGGCUGCCGCCGCUGCUCUCGGGCCGCGUGUACGGGAGGCGGUGGCUGGUGCUGCUGCUGUUCUCGCUGCUGGGCUUCGCGCAGGGCCUGGUGUGGAACACCUGGGGCCCUAUCCAGAACUCGGCCCGCCUGGCCUUCGGCUUCAGCGGCUGGGACAUCGCCCUGCUCGUCUUCUGGGGGCCCAUCGGCUUCGCGCCCUGCUUCUUCUUCAUGUGGCUUAUGGACAAGAAGGGUCUGAGGGUAACAGUGCUACUAACAUCAUCCCUCAUGGUAUUGGGAGCUGGCCUCAGAUGUGUUCCAGUUUCAGACCUAGAAAUUAGGAAGAAGCUGAUUCACGGAGGGCAGCUGUUGAACGGCUUGGCGGGGCCCACGGUGAUGAACGCGGCUCCCUUCCUUUCCACCACCUGGUUUUCUCCGGACGAGCGCGCCACGGCCACGGCCAUCGCCUCGCUGCUCAACUACCUGGGCUGUGCUGCUGCCUUCCUGGUGGGGCCGCUGGUGGUGCCACCUCCCAAUGGCACAGCUCACCUGGUGGCACUGAGCAGCACCCAGCACAUCAAGGACCGCAUCGAGGCCGUGCUCUAUGCAGAAUUUGGAAUGGUUUCCCUGAUAUUUUCUGCAGCGUUGGCCUACUUCCCCUCGCGCCCUCCAUUUCCCCCCAGCGUGGCUGCAGCAAGCCAGCGGCUCAGCUACAGGAGAAGUUUUUGCAGACUCUUAAGCAAUUUCCGAUUCUUGAUGAUUGCUUUAGCCUAUGCAAUACCACUGGGUGUUUUCUCUGGCUGGUCUGGUGUUCUGGAUUUGAUAUUAACACCUAUUCAUGUAAGCCAGGUGGAUGCAGGCUGGAUUGGAUUUUGGUCUAUAGUUGGAGGUUGUGUGGUUGGCAUAGCAAUGGCAAGAUUUGCAGAUUUUAUCAGAGGCAUGCUGAAGUUCAUACUCCUGCUGCUUCUAUCUGGAGCAACAUUAGCAUCAACCUGGUUCACUCUCACCUGUCUAACUACUGUCACUCAUCUGCCUUUAACCACAGCUACACUGUACACAUCCUGCAUUUUGCUGGGUAUAUUCCUCAACAGCAGUGUACCAAUAUUCUUUGAGCUCUUUGUGGAGACAGUCUACCCUGUUCCAGAAGGAAUAAGCUGUGGAGUUGUCACCUUUUUGAGCAAUGUGUUCAUGGGAGUGCUUUUGUUUUUCCUCACAUUUUACCAUACAGAGUUUUCCUGGUUCAACUGGUGCCUGCCAGGGUCAUGUCUGCUCAGCCUGCUCCUCAUCCUGUGCUUCCGCGAGUCCUACGACAGACUCUAUCUCGACGUCGUCGUCUCCGUGUGAUCAUGCUGGACUGGUGAGGGCUUGGAAGAGACUGGAAGUCGGCUUUGCAGUCUGCACCUCUGCCUGGAUUUGCACAGCUGAACAGCAGAAAAACAAAGAAAUUUCAAGACUUAAUCAUGGCUUUAUUUAGAGAGGGUGAGGGAUGGGUUGUUCUUAUGUUCAAGACCAUCCUGGUUUGCCAUAAAUGUGGAACUGGAGUGGUGAUGGUGACACCAGAAUGCACAGAGAGAAUCUCUCUGCUGUCCAGGUGCCUGUGCCAGGACUAGGGCUCUCUGUUGAAGAAGCUCUUGAUGUAGCAGUGAGGUGUAUGUUGGGUGUGUGUGUGUGUGCGCGUGCGUGCCUAUGUGCUGACUUACGGUUAUACGCACCAAGGUACCAGUGAUCUUCAGAGUCUUCUAUCAGAAUAAAAAUAUGGAAUAAUCUUAACAAAGAAAAAAAAAACAGAAAAGAAAACAAAAAUCUUUCUUUGAGAUCUCUUUAAAAUCACUAGUCAUUUAUAUAUUGAAUGUCCAUUAAACCAUUAAGCUAAAGUGAUUUGGUGCUUGUACACUACAUUUGCAUUCUAAUAAAGUGGGUUCUGAUACAAGACACUGGUACCAGGGUUUUUAGCCAUACUAAAUAUCCCAAGUAAUCCUUGCAGUGUUAUUAGAGGUGUUUGUUGCCACUCUGGAGCACAAGUAAACAAUAGCUUUAGCUGCCACUAAAUCCCACCCUGCACCCUUAGUCAUCUCUGAAACGCCACCAUGGUCCCAUAUGUCCUGAAUAUGGAGCAUCUGUGGUGUACUGGAGUGUCACUCUAGGUAAAUGUUGCUGUUCUAAAAGCCACCACUGUGUCACCUUUCAGUCCUCCAUCUCCAGUACUGCCUUUUUUAUUGUUUGUGCCACUGAAUACUGUGGGUGUCGAUGUCUGAGUCCUCCUCAUUCUCUCCUGGUACUCUAAGGUGUGUGUGGUUUUUAGGAUUAGUUUAUGACUGAGGGUGCCUAAACAAUAUUGCUUGUAACCCAAGUCUUGAGAAAUCACUGUUUCCUAAAAAAAACCCCUUUCUAGUUGAGGAGAUGCAUUGAUUGCGAAAUGACAAUGAGUUUGACAAUGAGGAGUAGCUCAUGAGUUCUGGCAUAAUAUUGGAAAUUAGUGCCAGCUCUUUUUAUCAGUACUAAUCUGUGGCCAUUCUGGCCCUUACUUGAACAUAAAUAUUAAAGACACUUUGAAUAGUUUUUUAACUCAAUUUUUAAACCUGCUAAUGAUUUCUUAACUAUAUUCUUAGAUUUCAGUUCAGCAUCAUUUGAAAUAUUUCUGUAUGUGUGUGUGUGUGUGUGUGUUCUGUGCUUUGUGUUAUGGGGGUGUGUUUGUGUGUAUG